AUGGCCGUGGGAGACGCCAUCGACCAGCAGAGCGGGACGGGGCAGCGCUCCAGCGGCAUCUCCAUCUCGACCUUUCUCGCCUCGCUCGCGACGGCCAUCGUCGUCUUCGCCGUCGAAUUCAUCAUCUUCCUCAUCCUCAAGAGCAAGUUGACCAGAAUCUAUCAACCGCGCACAUAUCUGGUCCCCGAGCGAGAGAGGACUGCGCCGUCGCCAGCUGGCCUGUUUCGAUGGAUUAUACCUGUUUUCCGCACGUCGAACUCGGAGUUCAUCAAGAAAUGCGGCCUGGAUGCUUACUUCUUCCUGCGUUACCUACGGAUGCUGCUCAAGAUCUUCAUCCCGCUCGCGAUCAUUAUCCUCCCUAUCCUGAUUCCCGUCAACAAGGUCGGCGGUAGAGAUAGAGGCCCCAUAGACCCGCUUGGGCAUGGCUUCAUUACUCGAUACAACGUCUCCGGGCUGGACCAGCUGGCGUGGGGGAAUGUCCGGCCUGAACACAGCCAGCGGUACUGGGCACACCUGAUUCUCGCCGUCAUUGUGGUUGUCUACGUCUGCGGCAUCUUCUUCGACGAGUUCAGGGGCUACAUACGCCUACGACAGUCGUAUCUGACCUCUCCUCAGCACCGUCUGCGUGCGUCGGCCACCACCGUACUGGUCACGUCUAUCCCCAGCAGGUGGCUAUCAGUCGAUGCGCUCGAUACCCUAUUUGAUGUCUUCCCUGGCGGCGUCCGCAACAUCUGGAUUAACCGGGACCUCGACCAGCUAAACGCCAAAAUCAAACUGCGGAACCAGCUGGCCUUUACGCUCGAAUCUGCUCAGACCGAGCUGAUCAAGAAGUGCAAGCGAGCUCACUUGAAACAGCUCAAGGCCGAGGCCAGGAAGCAAGGGAAACAGACAAAGGAGACCAAACAGCAGAUCCAGGCUGAAAACGACCGCAGAACUACCCAGCUCGUUGAAGGUGCUGGUAUUAGCUCUGGAGACCCUCACCAGAUUGCUCACACUGUCCAGGACCUCCUGCACCCUAAACGCCACAAAGUACAUCAGGUCGGUGCCAAAGUCAGUUCCAAAGUCAGCCACACCGUUGUAGGCGGUUUGAAGAAGAUUGGCGGAAGCGUCCAUCGUCCAGGAGGCCACCACCACCGCCCAGCAGAUCCCCAGGGUAACACUGAAAAUGACACCGAUGACGCAGAAGCCAGACCCUCCAGCUCGUCACAGACCAACCAUCAUCCCAUGGGUAUGGAUGGGACUGUUUUUGAACGUCACGAUGAUGGCCGUCGAUUGACCGCGCCCAGUCCCGAUAUUAGCACCAGCCCGGCUCCUCCUGAUGCAGAACAAACUGGUAAUAACAAGAAAAAGGACGAAUAUGACGUCGACAAGGAGUAUCCUGUGGCGUACAACGAAGAGUAUCAAGAGGACGACUAUGGUGAACCAGUCUGGAAGAAGUAUAUUCGUGAAAAGGACCGAGAGACCAUGCGUUUGCCUAUCUUUGGUUUGGACUGGAUGCCCUCGCUCCCCCUUCUCGGUAAGAAGGUUGAUACCAUAUACCACUGCAGAAAGGAGGUUGCUCGAUUGAACCUCGAAAUCGAGAUCGACCAGCAGCAUCCAGAGAAAUUUCCCUUAAUGAAUUCGGCUUUUGUACAGUUCAAUCACCAAGUUGCAGCCCAUAUGGCCUGCCAAAGUGUCAGCCAUCAUAUCCCAAAACAGAUGACUCCUCGCAUGGUAGAGAUCUCUCCUGACGACGUUAUCUGGGACAACAUGUCCAUCCGAUGGUGGGAGCGAUAUAUUAGGACGUUUGGUGUAAUGGUAAUUGUAGGAGCCAUGGUUAUCGGCUGGGCUUUCCCUGUCGCCUUUACCGGCCUUUUGUCGCAACUAUCAUACCUAGAGAACCAUUUUGUUUGGCUGCGGUGGCUUGGAAAGCUUCCAGAGUGGUUGAUAUCUGCCAUCCAGGGUAUUCUCCCUCCUCUGUUUCUUUCAAUCCUCAUGGCUCUCCUGCCUCUGGUCCUUCGAUUCUUGUCUCGGAACCAGGGAGUCCACACAGGCAUGGCUAUCGAACUCACCGUACAAAAUUACUAUUUCGCCUUUCUCUUUGUCCAAGUCUUCCUCGUCGUCUCGAUUUCUUCUGGAUUUUCAACCAUUAUCGACUCGCUGAAGAACGUGCUGAGUGUGCCGGACCUCUUAGCCCAGAAUAUACCCAAAGCUAGCAACUACUUCUUCUCCUAUAUGGUUCUACAAGCCAUGUCCGUGAGCGCGGGAGCGUUGGUUCAGAUUUUUGCCUUGAUCAGCUGGUUUCUUCUUGCGCCCAUGCUCGAUAAUACUGCGAGAAAGAAGUGGGCGAGAGCCACUAAUCUCAACCAAAUGCAAUGGGGGACUUUCUUUCCUGUUUAUACCACGCUGGCAUCAAUUGGCCUGAUUUACUGUAUCAUCUCGCCGUUGAUCAUGGUGUUCAAUGUCCUUACCUUUGGUCUUUUCUGGAUUGUCUAUCGGUACAAUACGCUCUAUGUUACCAAGUUCCGUUUCGACACUGGUGGUUUGCUGUUCCCACGAGCUAUCAAUCAACUCUUUACCGGUCUUUAUGUGAUGGAGAUCUGCCUUAUCGGAAUGUUUUUUCUUGUCCGAGACGAGAAACAAGAAGUUGCUUGCGAAGGCCAGGCUAUCUGCAUGAUAGUCGUCUUGAUUCUCACCAUUCUCUUCCAGUAUUUCCUUAACGAGGCCUUUAACCCGUUGUCGCUCUACUUGCCCAUCACCUUGGAAGAUGAGGCCACGCGACGCGAUGAAGAGUUUGCUCGUGCCCAACGUCGCAGACGGGGAAUCGAGGAAGAAGACGACGAUGAGUUGGACAAGGAUUGCCAGCGAGAGGAUGGCGAGAAGGGCGGCUCAAUCGAGCUAAGUGCAAUGGGCAAUAAUCAACACCACGAGCCAACUUCUCCCCUUUUCCUCGGCUCCGGACUCAACCGCGUCAGCGGUUCGAAGAAGAGCAGACGCAAAUCCUGGGCUGACAGGUCAUCUAACAGCCGCUCACCAUUCUUCGGCGGACGUUCUGACCCUAGCAUGCCAACCAUCCGGACGAUACGCAAGAAGCUUGCGCUGGACACUGAGUCACAAGCCCCAGCAACCCAUGCUAUCGGCCAGUCCCUGUUCUCUGGCAUCCACGAUGAGCUUGAGGAUUUGACGCCUGAGGAGCGUGACCAGCUCGUUCAGAGAGCCUUCCAGCACGAGGCUCUUCGUAUGAGACGUCCAGUUAUCUGGAUACCUCGGGACGACAUGGGCGUUAGUGACGAUGAAAUCUUCCGUACUCAACGGCUCACGAAGCACAUCUGGAUUAGCAAUGAGUACCAGGCCUUGGACGGCAAGUGUCGAGCCAUAUUUAGUCGAAGCCCUCCUGAUUUCUCAGAAGUUGACCUCAUUCAAUUGUGA